UGUCCCUCUCCGUGCACCGUAGGAACUCAUCAGUGUGGCUGGUCGCGAGCUCACAUGAUGAUGUGCCUGAAUGAAGACAUCAACAUAGAGCUAAACGGCUAGCUGCUAGACUGAAUAAGUAUGGAAAAUGUGGAGAAUGGACAUUCAGUCGAGACAGAUAAGAACAGCAGCUCCCGCUGUACCUUCUUCAGUGCAGAUCCGAGUGACUAUCGAUGUGAUGUGAUUCUUACGGUGAAGAGAGCCACUGGGGCGUUUUCUCUGGUCGCAUGCAUUUUUAUGUUAUUUGUGAUAUGGCUGCUGCGCCGAUACAACUCCUUGGCUCAGAAAAUGAUUGUCAGUCUAACUGUAGCAGCAUUCUUUGACAGUGUUGCAUAUGUCAUGGGAGAGUCUCAUCCAGAGGGCUCUCUAUGUGAUUUCCAAGCCUGGUGGUUAACAUAUUUUGACUGGAGUGCUCUGGUCUGGGUAUGCCUCAUCACUCUGAAUCUUUACCUGAACCUGGUCAGGGAGUUCAGAACUGAACAUUAUGAGAUACUGUACCAUAUUGUAGCAUGGGGGGUUCCUCUUCUUAUGUCCAUUCUCCCCUUGGUGAAAGGGUACUAUGGUCCAGCUGGAGCCUGGUGCUGGAUCACGGAUGACCAUGUGGCCUGGAGAUUUGGCAUAUGGUACAUCCCGCUCUUCACCCUCAUCUUCAUCAUGAUCUGCUGUUAUGUACGAAUCAUUUGUGUGGCCAAUAAGAGGAUGCAGUCCUGGUUUGGCACCUUUAACCCAGAGAGGGAGAGGAGGAAGAUGUCUCUAGUUGAGGAAAUCCGACCUCUGAAAUGGUAUCCCUCAGUAUAUCUGCUGGUCUCAAUCUUCCCACUCUUAAAUCGGCUUCAUAAUGCUGUGUAUCCUGAGGAGCCUGUGUUCUCCCUCACGCUCCUACAUGUGCUCAGUGCUCCUCUGCACGGCCUGGCAAAUGCAUUUGUUUUUAGCAAGGACACCUGGAGUCAGCUCAGCAAUACUGGAAUCAAACUGGCCCUUCAGUCUCGACUGUGUGACAGCACCAGGAUCGGAGAGUAUCACCCAGCCAGCGUGAGAUACACAGUAGCACUCGAGUCGGAGUCGGACGAUGAUGAUAACAAUGUCCUCUUCUAUAGUCCUGACAUGAGCUUGAAGGACAGAGGACCCUGAUUAUGUGUGUGUGUGUGUGUGUGUGUGUGUGUGUGUGUGUGAUAGCACAUUACAGUUCACACUCCUUGCCUUUAAAGGAUGUGCAGCUCUUCCAUUUCUCCUGUUGCUGUGUUGUGCUAAAUAAAAAUGAUACAGAAAAAAUAACUGUUUUUACAGUCAGAAAACUCCCCUUUUCAACUUAAGGAAAUGCUGAAAUAAGUGAAUUCAGUAUAUUAUUGUCCAUCUUGUAAAUGCAAUGCAAGGUGAGCACUUUAAGUUAAUAUCCUCAGUAUUGAUAGCUUUAUUUGUUUGAGAGUUGCUUUGCUUUCAGUGUUGUUUUGUACAGAGUUUUUAAAAAAUAUUAUCUUCAGCUGUACAGUUUGUGUACUUGGACUUGGUAUGUUUUUGGUGUUCAUUUGACAAUGGUUUAUUAUUAUUUAUGAAAAUGUACAGAGUGUCUGCUAUAUUUUUGUACUGUUUUCAUAUCAUUUAAAUUAAAAAUGUUAACACAUACUGAUGUUUAUAGUGUAUAUCUGUGUCUUUUUGUGCCUUUGUUGGGAUUAUCCCACUUCACCAUGGCUUCAGGUAGUUAGAACUCAUUUGGAUAGAGUUCAUGUGCACAAGGCGGCUUUUGGACUCCAGGGUUGUGGCUUCGAUCAUGAGCGUGGGUUAGGAUCUGUGUGGAGUUUAACAUUUCAGAUACAUGGAUUGUUCUUUGAAAAUUGCCCCUAAGUGUGAUUAAGUGUGUGAAUAUAUGUGUAAUGCCCUGCAAUUGACUGUCAUCCCAUCCAUGGUGUGUCCUUGUCUUGCAUCCAUUCCCCAUGCAUAAGCUCCAGAUCCUUUAUGACCGUGAUCAGGAUAAAGCGGUUACUGAAGAUGAAUGAUUUAUAAUGUACACACUAGAAUCAUGGGUGGCACAGUGGUGCGGUUUGGCUACUCUAAAUUGCCACUAGGUGUGAAUGUAUAUGUAUGCAUGGUGCCCUUUGAUGGACUGGCAUCCCAUCCAGGGUGUACUCCCGCCUUACGCCCAGUGUUCCCGGGACAGAUGAACAAAUGGGCACUUGGAAUCAGAUGAGUCUGAUUAUGAACAACUCAUUCUCUUACAGCCUCUGAAAGACUUAAUACAGACUGAAACACAUGGGAGGUUAUACUGUAGACAACAAGCUAGGCAUGACGCAGCGAUAUUCAGAGGCGUUGCCAAACCCUGCCAUCUUGUGGACACGUUCUGUAUUGAACAUGUUUAUUACAUAAGAAUUGUAAAUUAACAAAACGACAUGCUUUACAUCUGACAGUCUCUGUGGCUUAUUUAUUUAGUUAGUUAUUACAAAGCUUUAGACAGCUGCGUAUAUAAAAGUGCGAAACAGCUUAUGUUUUUGAAGUUUUAAAGGAGAAACCUCCUGAUUGGCUGUGUUGCAGCUCGUGCCCUAUCGCGAUUGGCUGUCUGGAAAGCUAUCGUGACGCAGUUCAGUUCCAUAACAAAGGUGUCGACAACACGGAAGCAAACAAAGACCAUAACGUAGAGUCAAAACAAGAGACAAGUGUAUAUCUCUCUCUUUUUAAUAUAUAUCUGUAUAUAUCUAUCUGUCUCCAUAAUGGUAUGACUUCUGAUAAAAGCCGGUGCCUACGUGGUGCGGAAGAUCUCCUCCGCUGUCCGAGGGGAGGAGCAAAAAGACCAGCCUGUCCUCACACCAUGUAGCCUGGCACAAGCUAAUAAGCGUCAGAGUCGGAAGCGGUUAACAGCGGAGGAGGCGUCAUCUCCAGACCUGGAUGAUGGCGCAGUGUGUGUGCCUUCCACAGACACUGCAGUGAAGAAACAUGGUUCCUGAGGUUAAAGGUCACGCUGGUGCAUUAGUGGGUGCUAGACAGUAAAGCUACAUCCCUUGAUUAACAAAACAACUUGAUCCUCAACUUUAGCUAACUCAGAUUCAAGUUGCAUAGUUGUACUAAUAGUACUAAAUAUUUAUUCCAGAAUAAUACUACAUACUGACAGUCAAGUUUUUGAAAACCUGGAGUUCUUCUUUGUAAUUAAGGUACUUUGUAAUUAUUUACUAACUGGCUGAUCACAGACCCUAAGGGGACUCUAAAAUUAGUGCUUGAUACUGUAUUUGUUGUAUUCUACAAGUGCCUAAUUAGAAUGAUCAAGAUCUGAGAAUUUCCCAAUUAUAUCUAGAUUGUUUCCAAUAAAAUACAAACAUUUACAUUUCACUUAUUAGCUAUUCAUUAAUAAAAUUUAAAAUAAAAACAUAAAAGUAAGACCAAACCUUUUAAUAUAAGGUACUCAAAAACCUCUGACUGGCAAUAAACUGAUACUGAUAUUAUAUUACUUUAGAACACAUUAAUGGAAAAAACAAACUUGAUUAAUGCCCUUUAUUGACCCAGUUUGCCCUGCGUGACUGAUGGAUGUUAGACAGUGCCUCUCUCUCUCUCUCUCUCUCUCUCUCUCUCAGCUGUAAUGUGUGAAGGUCUGUUCAUCAACCUCUGAUUCAGGGACUGUUCAGAUCUGAAGUUUUUCUUACAGCUGUAAUAUUUAUAUUGAAUGAUUUCUUAACAAACAUUGCCUAUUGAAUGUAUACACAUCACUUGGCAUUUUACAGUGAAUCCUGUUAAAAUGAGUAGGGUUUAGAUUGUGUAUAACAUCACAUUUUCAUACAGUGGAUGAAAAAUAAAAUUGCUUUAAAUCAGA